AUGGCCCUCCGGAAGGGUGCCGCGGUGGAGCUCGAGGAGGUCCCACCACAGCGCUUCGUGAGCAUCGCUCAUGCGGCGCCUGAGGUGAUCGCCCACCGACAGUUCAGCCCCGCCAGCGAUGUCUACGCCUUUGCUAUGACCUUUAUCGAGCUCGUCACCCCGGGAGGGUGGAUCAUGUCCGAGUGCAUGCCGAAGGGCCGCCCGAAGCAUCGGAAAGGUGGGAAUAAAAAAGGCUACGACGACGAGUUCGCGGCGAACCUCAACAAUUGGUACCAUCAAAACAUUACUGCUUCGGCGGAUGGCACUUCCGACCCAGAGGCGUCGCUCUCUGAAGCUAUAGCAGUGAAUCUGCCGACUCAUCUGUCAGACGAGUGCAAGAAAAUGCUUCGCAGCUGCUUGCACCCCGAUCCUCAAAAGCGGCCGACAGCAGUGGAACUUCUACGGAGAAAGUACUUCUUGCUGGGAGGCUGGAUUAGCCAGAGGAAUAUGGAUGGGAAUCUGAAAGAGGACCUCGGUGUGCAGCUUCCGGAGGAGCCGUGGAACGGCGAUAUGAAUUUUGAGCGUAUCGCCGAGGAAGCCGGAUUUCCAGUGCUGCCGUCGGAUCUAUACGCGCCGCUCCCAGGGGUUGUGGGCUAG